GGGCGUGGUCGGUCGGUCUCUUCCUCCUCACUAGAGGAGCUGUAGAGUCUGCGCGUGCGGUGGAGGGGGCUCUUUCUACGGAGAAUACUAGUGUCCCUGCUCACAGGUGUUGCGGAGAUAGCCUCCAUCGUGGAAGAGCUCAGACCCCGAGAAGCUGGUGUCUAGCUGCGGCCCAGAGCAAGGAUGGGCAGUCCGGUAUUCAGGAGACCUUUCUGCCAUCUCUCCACCUACAGCCUGAUUUGGGGCAUGGCAGCAGUAGCGCUGAGCACAGCUCAAGUGGAAGUGGUGACCCAGGAUGAAAGAAAGGCGCUGCACACAACUGCAUCCUUACGAUGUUCUCUAAAAACAUCCCAGGAACCCUUGAUUGUGACAUGGCAGAAAAAGAAAGCCGUAAGCCCAGAAAACAUGGUCACCUACAGCAAAACCCAUGGGGUUGUAAUCCAGCCUGCCUACAAAGACAGGAUAAACGUCACGGAGCUGGGACUCUGGAACUCAAGCAUCACCUUCUGGAACACAACAUUGGAAGAUGAGGGUUGCUACAUGUGUCUCUUCAACACGUUUGGUUCUCAGAAGGUCUCAGGAACAGCUUGCCUUACCCUCUAUGUACAGCCCAUAGUACACCUUCACUACAACUAUUUUGAAGACCACCUAAACAUCACUUGCUCUGCGACUGCCCGUCCAGCCCCUGCCAUCUCCUGGAAGGGCACUGGGACAGGAAUUGAGAAUAGUACCGAGAGUCACUUCCAUUCAAAUGGGACUACAUCUGUCACCAGCAUCCUCCGGGUCAAAGACCCCAAAACUCAAGUUGGGAAGGAAGUGAUCUGCCAGGUUUUAUACCUGGGGAGUGUGAUUGACUACAAGCAGAGUCUGGACAAAGGAUUUUGGUUUUCAGUUCCACUGUUGCUAAGCAUUGUUUCUCUGGUAAUUCUUCUGGUCUUGAUCUCCAUCUUACUAUACUGGAAACGUCACCGAAAUCAGGAGCGGGGUGAGUCAUCACAGGGGAUGCAAAGAAUGAAAUAAGAGCUCUAGAGAAAUUAUACAGAACCCUGAACGCGUUUCCCUGGUCUACUUGAAUCUGAUGUGAAAGAAAAGCAGGAGGGAAAAGGUCAUUCUCCAUAGGACCUAAGAAGAGCAAAAGACCAGAAGCGAGCCUGUGAGGGAUUUGACUUUUUGCUGUUGUCCCAGAUCCUUGGUGUUUGCAUUCCAAGAAGAAGUCGAGUGCCUCGGGUCUGUUGUAGGACUUGAUUUUUUUUGGUAGAGCAAUGAGUGCCAUGCUGUUAGAAAGGCUCCAGACUUAGAACCACCAGUGCCAAGACAGCUCUCAGACCGACUAGGACUCCCACCGGAGGGACAAAUUGUAGUCAACUUACCUCACAGAGCUCUCUGGUCCUUACACAAAGUAGAAAGGAGUGGGACCAGAAAAUUUGCCAUGUCUGAAAUCUGAUGGAAUUUUUAGGAAGAAAACUGAAGAAUAAGCAAAAGAAGAAAGAACACAGAAGGGUCCAAAGAGCUUCUGAGAGUACCUUUUGCCUUUUCUGUUGGUGUCCCAGCUCUGGUUUUGUUCUUAGGUCCGCCAGUGUGUUUCCCUGUUGUUUGAGUAUCUAGUUGACUACCUGCUACUGUUCUGCUGAUGGUUGGCCUUGCUAGAAUCCCUGACUCCCCUGCCGUUCUCUAUGUGCUUCUAUGAGGGUUACUAUGAUGAAAAUAGAGCAGAAUAUAGUGUGAAGUAACAUUGGCAACUGUAAUGUGUCCAUUUAACUUAUUUUUAUAGCACUUAGGCAAUAUUGUUAGUCUUAGUGAGUAGUUCACACCUUUACAAAAGCAUGCUCUCCCUAUCCAUUGGGCCCACAAUAACACUCUCUUUGAGGCCAUUCUGAAUCCUGUCUCGUGUAACGAUAAUAUAUUAUGAAAACAGAUACUUUAAGAAUUUCCUGUACAGCAGUCAGUUGUUUAUGCGCUCUCUCUCGCUCUCUCUCUCUCUCCCUCCACCCCAGCUUCUUUUUCUGUGACUUUGUUUUUCACAAAGAGAAGGCAUCUCCUGAAUACAAUUGCUUUGUUCUGAAGACAUCGUGAACUAUUAAUUCUUAACCCUUUGACAAAACUAGUGAAGUUGUUUUCUGUAUCUUUUGCUUCAUCUGUCUUUAUAGAGUGACCUAGGAAUUCGAGUGUAAGUUGUUUUCAUUGUUGAACUGGAUAUUUAUAUACUUGGUAUGCUUUUCACGUGUUAUUUAAUUCUGUAUAAUUUCCUAUAUUUGUAUUAAAAUAUUGAGCAAUUAAAAGUGUCAACUAAAUAUUUGAUGUGGCAUUCCCUUGAGAAAUAUAGAAAUAAAGAAUAA